UUUUGUGCUAUCUAAAGGAGAGAAAUAGCUAUAGCCCAGCUGAUUUACUAUAUCACGGAGGGUUGCGAUUUUUGGAAUUAUAAUUGUCUCUUGCUCCUUGCCCCGAAACUAAUUUUAAGGGUAGUUUAAAGUGAGGCUAAAUUAAUUAAAUUAAAAAAUAUUUUUUGAUGAAUUUUUGAAUAAUUAAUAUACCCAUCAAUUUAAUGAGUAACCAACCUACCAAUAAUUCUUCCAAUUCAACAACUUCCUACUCAACAAACUCCACUGAAACUUCUUCAAUUUAUGGAAGCCUUCCUGCCUGUACAGAAAAUUUAACUCCUUGGACAACAAUUUUAACGCUUACUUUGCUUUAUUUUAUUGCUAUACUUUGGUUUUGCAAACAUGGCAAAAAUGUUUGUCACCCAACUCCAGAUUCCAUUUUUCCAUAUAUUGAAAGGCUACGAUUUUUGAGGAGAGGUACUAGAAUUUUCAAAAAUUUUUUUCAAGAAAAUUUACAGCCCUCGACGAUUUUCUCGUUGACGACAUGUAAAUUAAUUAAUUAAAUUAUAACUCCAUUAAAAAUUCAAUUUUAGCAAUAUUGAAUUGACAGAUAUAAAAUUAGGGCAGGGAGCUGUUGGAUUUGUUUUUAAAGGAUAUGUCGUUGCCAAGUCCCAGACGCGUUUUAGACAAAAAGUCUUCGCGGCAGUUAAA